UAGUUGCUUCUUCUAAUUUUCUACACUAUUAUAUAGUCCAAAAUAAAAUGAAACGAGGGGAAGAAUCAACGAGACGAGUGUUCUAUAAUAUAUUGAUCUAGGUAUAUAGCUUGUGUUGGUGAUCAUCAAGAUUAGAUAUAGUUAAUCUAUAUCAUGAGUAACGAUCAUUCAUCAGCUUCGUAUAUCCACAUGGUGCAACACCUGAUAGAGAAGUGUUUGAUUUACAAAAUGACAAAAGAAGAGUGCAUGGAGGCACUAUCCAAGCAUGCAAACAUCAAACCUGUUAUCACUGCUACUGUAUGGAAAGAGUUAGAGAAAGAGAACAAAGAGUUUUUCGAGGAAUACAAAGAAUCACAAAAUACCAAAGAUCGUAUGACAGAGGAAGAGACAAGUGCUAUGAUAGAGAAAAUGAUAUUAGAUUCCAAAGAACCAGGUCCUUCCAAAUAAUCAGACAAGGAAUAAUAAUAAAAAUUAUAUAAUAACAUAUAUAAUAACUAUGUACGUGAUAGCGAUCUAACCUUUAAGUUCUCAUAAAAUGUGUAAAGCAUUUUUAUAUUAUUUAUAUUACGGUCUAUUAAUAAUAUAUUACAUAUUAUGAAUAAUUACUUGUAAUUAUCUUUUAAAAUGAUGCGCGAGGUAGGCUCGCACGUAUCAAUUUGUGGUCCCUAUUUAACUUUAUUGAAAAAUGUUGCAUA